AUGACUAUUAAAGGGAAGUCAAUUAAGUUGACAAGUGUAAAUGUUGGGAAGCUAUUUGGCAUACCUGAUGAAGGGGCUAAGGUGACAAUAGAGGUAGAGAAGGAUAUUGUUGAUGAGCUAAAGAAAGAAUACACUCCAUUAUCAUACACCCAAUUGAAAGAGAAAAUUGUAGAGGGAAAAAAUAGUAAUGAUUUUGAGUUUCUAUUUGUGUUGUACACGUUGGAAACUCUUCUUUGCCUAACUGCCUAUCCUAGUGUAAGUGAGAGGAUGUUGAAGGAAGAUGACAACCACGAAGAAGAGAAGGAGGAAGAGGAGGACGAAAAGGAGGAGAAGUAUAAGGAGAAAGAGGAUAAUGAGGAGGACAAUGCAAAUGAAGAAGAGGGUGACGAUGACAAAGAAGAUAAGCAAGAAGGGGAGAACAAGAAUGAAGAAGACAAUGAUAAAGAAGAAGAGGAGAAGGAGAAUAAAGAACAGAAGGAUAAGGAAGAGGAUAAUAAGGAGGAGGUAGAGGAGGAGAACAAAGAAGAUAAGGAAGAGAAGGAGAGUGGGAAGGAAGAAGACAAUAAUAAGGACAAAGAUGAUAAGGAAGAGGAUGAUAAGGAGGAGGAAGAAGUUCAGGGAAAGGAAGAGGGUGUGAAAAGGAAAAAACCUAUGGCAGUGAGGAGAUCAUAG